AUGUCUCUGCAUGGAGGAGGAACUAAGCUCAAGACCUCCAGUGCCCUGCCGCUCCUGCCACCCCAGCUUGGUGACCUGAUGGGUCGAGCGCAGCUCUCAGCCUCGUCCACCUGCGGUGUGGACGGACCCCAGAACUACUGCAUCGUUGGACACCUGGAGGGGGAGAAAAAAUGCUUCACAUGUGACUCCCGACUGUCGUUUAGUCCCCAAGGCAACCCACAGAGCCAUCGUAUCGAGAACGUCAUCACGACGUUUGACUCCGACAGACGACUGAAGUGGUGGCAGUCUGAGAACGGAGUUCAUCAGGUCAGCAUCCAGUUGGACCUGGAGACGGUCUUCCAGUUCAGCCACAUCGUCCUCACCUUCAAGAGCUUCAGGCCUGGAGCCAUGCUGGUGGAGCGUUCGAAGGAUUUUGGACGAAGCUGGAAAGUUUUUCGCUACUUUGCAGACGAUUGUUCCCUUCAUUUCCCUUCAGUUCCUGCAGAACCUGCCAGCUUCCUUGACGAUGUUGUCUGUGACAGCAGAUACUCUGGACCAGAACCAUCCACAGGUGGGGAGGUGGUGCUAAAAGCUCUGGAUCCUGUCUUUGAAAUCGAUGACCCAUAUGCUCCAGACAUUCAAGAGCUGAUCACCUUGACGAAUAUCCGGGUGAACUUCACUCGUCUCUUCACGCUGGGCGACACGCUGCUGGCUCGCAGACGCAGAAAUCCUCAGGAGAAAUAUUACUACUCGCUUUACAGCAUGGUGGUUCAGGGAAGCUGCUUCUGCAACGGACAUGCCAGCCGCUGUGUCCCUGUGGACGGGGGACGUGGGGACGUCUUCACCCAGUCUGGCAUGGUUCACGGUCGAUGUGUCUGUCAGCACAACACAGCUGGGGAGAACUGUGAGAGAUGUCAGCCGUUUCACAAUGACGCCCCCUGGAAGCCUGGAGGAGAAACUGCACCCAACAUCUGCAGGAGGUGUAACUGUCACGGUCACUCAGACUCGUGUCACUUUGAUGCUGCUCGCUUCGAAGAGACUGGAGGUACAAGUGGUGGCGUGUGUGACGACUGCCGCCAUGACAGGACGGGGCCUCAGUGCGAGCGCUGUCGACCUUUCCUGUAUCAGGACCCGCAGAGGGCGCUAGAGGACCCCCACGCCUGCAUACCGUGUGACUGCGACCCCGCCGGCUCCCACAGCGGCGGUUUGUGUGAUGCUUCCAGCGGUCGGUGUUUCUGUAAGGAAAACGUGGAGGGUCAACGCUGCGAUCGCUGCAAACAUGGCUUCUUCAAUUUGAGAUCGGACAACCCGGCUGGAUGUGAAGCCUGCAGGUGCCACGGUUUGGGAAGUGUUGGACCAUGCAAUCCGCUUACAGGGAGAUGUAAAUGUGAGCCAAUGGCCACCGGGCCGCUGUGUGAUCAAUGUGUGGCAGGUUUCUGGGGUUUGGGAAACUCUGUGUUCAAAUGUUCACCCUGUGACUGUGAUGUUGGCGGAUCUAGCAGCAACAUGUGUUCUCCAGAGGAUGGACAGUGUUCCUGUUUACCCAACAUGGUGGGCCGGCGCUGCUCUGACCCUGCACCUGGUCACUUCCUGCCUUCGCUCAUCUACUUCCUGUAUGAGGCGGAACUCGCUGCGCAGCUGACAGGAGGAAGUUCCUCCCCUUCUCCUCCUGCUCCUCUUCCUGCUUUCCCCUCUUCCUCUCCACUGGUGAAUCCUGGCCUUUUGCCUUCAUGUGAGCAGUAUUACAGAAGUCAGGGCUAUGACUUCCAGCUCUCUGAUGGAAAAGUUUUGAUACGGAGGCCUCGUCAUCUCACCCGCCGGAGGAGACGGCAGAAUAACACCCCUUUGAUCCAGGGUCCCCUGCAGAUCCUUGCCCACCAGGGCUCACCUGAACAAUCAGGAACUGGUCUGGGAUUGGUCAGGGUGACAGAGGGGGCGGGGCUUAGAUUCACUGUGGACAACCUGCCAACUUCGAUGGAGUACCACCUGGUGAUCCGCUAUGAAUCUGAGUCUGUCGCCGAUUGGGUGGCGAGAGUGAACAUCAUCACUCUGUCACCAGGAGAUGGAGGCUGCAGUGACGACCCUCCAACAGGAAGUCUGACACUGAUCCUCCCCAGAAGCUCCAGAUUAGGUAUUCUGGAUUCCCGCGUGUGUCUGAACGCCAGAGGUCGAUACCAUGUGGAGAUUUUCUUUGACAGGCAGCAGAGGUCAGACGAGGCUCUUCUGCUGGUCGACUCGAUGGGUCUGGUUCAGAGUUUCUAUUCAGGCCAAGACUCCUGCUCCCAGAGUGACUUUGACUCUUUCAGUCACUUUCGCUGCGUCGGGUUGGACGUGUAUCUCGGCUCUCAGGAGUCACUUCCAAGAAUCUGCGAAGGGCUGAUCAAGAGUCUGUCGGCGCGCAUCCACAAAGGAGCUGUGGCCUGCAGGUGUAACGUCUUUGGUUCUCUUGGAUCGGGAUGCAGUCCGCUGGCCGGGUUAUGUGACUGUAAGCCCAGCGUGAUCGGACGUUGCUGCGACGCUUGUGCACCUCUGACCUUUGGGUUUGGACCCGAAGGCUGUAAACGAUGCGAGUGCGACCCUCAAGGCUCUCUGUCGGAGGCGUGUGAUCCGAGCGGAGGUCAGUGUGCGUGUCGCCCUCAGGUAUCGGGUCGACGCUGCGAUCGAUGCGAGUCUGGAUUCUGGGGAUUCCCGCUGUGUCAGCCUUGCGAUUGCAACGGCCUGUCGGAAACCUGCGAUGGGCGGACCGGAGCGUGUGUGAACUGCAGGGAGCACAGCAGCGGGCCGCACUGUGACAGGUGUGUGGAGGGUUACUAUCGUAACCCGGUCUCCAGACAACCCUGUCAGCCCUGCCUGUGCCCCGAUAUCCUGAGCAGCGGACGGUUCUUUGCCUCUUCCUGUCGAUACGACCCGCAGUCCGUCAGCGUGAGCUGCUCCUGCAGGGAGGGACACGCAGGUGAACGAUGUGACAGGUGCGGUUCGGGUUUCUACGGCGACCUGAGGUCGCCAGGUGCCGUCUGCAGGGCGUGCUCCUGCAACAACAACAUCGACCCGGACGACAGCGACGCCUGCGACAGCACAACCGGAGAAUGUCUCCGCUGCCUCCACUACACAACGGGCCCACAGUGCCAGUUCUGCCAGCCUGGUUUCUAUGGCAACGCCCUGCAGCACACCUGUAGAGAAUGCUCCUGUGACCGCCGGGGGACCAAGGCGACUCUAUGCCCCCCGGAGAGCCCCUGCUUCUGCAACAGGGAGACAGGACAGUGUCCCUGCAGGACGGGUGUGGUGGGAGAUCUCUGUGAUGAAUGUGAGGACGGGUUCUGGAACCUGGACGGAGCGUCGGGAUGUCAGCCCUGCAGCUGCGACCCGUCUAACUCCAUCAGUGACGUCCAGCAAGUGGCUCAGGACACCAGAGACCAGGCCCAAGUCCUGCAGCGCCAGAUCAGCGACACCAUCCAAUCAGUGGAGAGAGAGAAAAACCAAACCAGAGAGCUCCUCCAAAGAGUCAAACAAUAUCUGAUGGAUGACAUGGUUUCUCCAGAUGACAUUGAGAAAAUGGCCAACGCUGUCCUGAGGAUCCAGCUACCGCGAUCACCUGCUGAGAUCCAAUCGAUGAUCAAUGAGAUCAAUAAUCUUUUGAACGGUGCCACCAAAUUCCAGGAGGACCUGAAGAAGCUGCAGGAUGAAGCCAAAGCAGCUCAGGAGCUUCUGCAGAAAGCGACAGAAGUCAAGGAGCAAACUAAAACCAUCAACGUCAAAGACAUCCUCAGUGACCUUAUUGCUGCAGACGCAGCUCAGAGCAACGCCAACGAUGACCUGGAGGUUGCAAAUAAGGACAGAGACGACGCCAAAGACCGAAUCCAAGAGGUGGAAAACAAACUGAGCCGCAAAGAGGAUCAGCUGAUGAACCAGCCUGUAGAUCUGCUGGAGGAGAUUGAGGCUCUGAAAAAUAAAACAGAGCAGAACAGAGAGAUGGCAAAAGAGGCCAGAGAAACUGCUGAGUCAGCAUUGACCAACAUUUCUAAUGACACGGAGCUGCAAGAAGUUGAGGAGCAGUUUGAGCUUUUAAAGCAGAAGCACUUGAAUAAAACACUUGAAGACGAAGCCGCAGAUCGACUGCAGAAAAUCCUGAAGGAGACCGAAGAUAUGCAGAGACAAAUGGAGGACAGACUCCAACAGAUAGAAGGUUAUCACCCAAAGAUCCAGCUGCUGAUCCAGAGAAAGAAGGAGAAAAUAGUGGAGGUGGCCGAUCUGCUGCAGACGGUGGAGUCACUUCAAAUGGAAAUCGCCUCAAGAGCUGAAAAUUCCACCGCAUGUUCCUCAUAAGUCCUGCAGGGUCCUGAAAACCAAGCAAAAUGAUGACUUCAUUUUUUUUACUUGUAUAUCUGAAGUUAAAAUUAAUGCUCUUACUUUUGGAAUAUUUGCUUUUUUAUGUUAGAAACUUUCACAAAGAUCAAACCUUACAUCAUGAAAAUAAAAAAUUAUAUUUG